AUGAAAUUCAGUCUAUCUGCCGCUCUUCUCCUCGUUGUCGCUCCCACUGCCUUCGGUCUUCAAUCCAACUAUCUUACUCAGUUGAACGGGGGAAUGAUGGCCAGCACAUCGUCGUCAUCCGGCAGCUUCUUCCCAGCUCCUACCGAGACUAUGACCAACACUGCGUCUCCUGUUAGCAACGGCUCCUUCAAUGCUCCCAUGGCAUCUUCAUCAACUCCAUCUCAAGAACUCUUGAACCUUUGGAGUGCCCAAGUUUCCGUGGAAUUGUCUGCUUCCCAAUUGUACUUGAGUGCUUCCAUUUGGUUCCGUAACCGUGGAUACCCUGGCAUGGCCGCAUGGAUGUUGGAAGAGUCCGAUGAAGAACGUGGCCACGGUUUUGCCAUUUUGGAAUUUGCCAUGAAGAAGGGAUUCCCUGUUGUCUUGGAGGCAUUGGAUGCUCCUCGAAAUGACUGGACAGCUCCUAUCGAAGUUUGGGAGAGCAUUAUGGAUGCGGAACAAACCAACACACAGAAUCUGAUGCGAUUGGCGCAUGCUGCCAAUGGAUGCGGAGAUUAUGCUGCCAUGGCAUUCCUUGACCCCUUCCACGCUGAACAACUCGAGGCAGAAGACAAGGUUUCAGGAAUCUUGAACAAGGUUCGAUAUGCUACUCCUGAGUUGAUGGCACAGCUCGAUUACGAUCUUGGUGAGGAGGAGGAAGAGCACUAA